UGAAGCGCAGUACAGAGACGUUCAGCUUCCGUCUUCUCUACUUCUCUUCCAUGUCUUCUUCACUCCAUCGUCAACCAGACAGAGAACCAGAACGAAGAAACCAAGACCUUCAAUUAUGUUUUCUUCACUUCUCAAGCACGCUACCAAGAAACAUACUCACUUCCACGCCACCUUCCUUUCUCUCCUUCACUGCCACCAUCUCUCCUUACUCCCACCCCCAAAACCCCCAAAUUUCUUCCCGCAAACCCUAACCUUCACCCGGCAUAAAUGGGACAGCGGUGGCACUGACUACGAUUACAUCAAGGCCGACGUUAACUGCCCGCGCUGCUCCUACCAGAUGCGCGUCCUCUUUUCCAAUUGUCCCUUGUCGUUAACAGCGCGGGAGCCUGGGAUCUACCAGGCUGUUAACUUCUGUCGCAGCUGCAAAACGGCGUUCUACUUCCGGCCGUUUAAGUUGGUGCCAUUGCAAGGUAGUUUCAUCGAGCUUGGUACAGUUAAGGGGUUGGGGAACGCGGAUGGUGGUGUUGAAACGAAUUGGGGGCGGAACGAGAGUGUCGGAGUUUGUCGAGAUGGUAACGGCGAGGCUCAGGAAGAGGAGAAUUUGGGGAGGAAGUUGCCGACGCCGAAAGAGAUAUGUAGAGAGCUUGAUCAGUAUGUUAUCGGCCAGGAAAAGCCAAAAAGGAUCAUUACUUGAUGAAUAUUUGAAGAUGAGGAACAAAAGACCGAAGGUCCUCUCUGUGGCUGUGCACAACCAUUAUAAAAGAAUAUAUCACGCCUCUCAGUCUAAAGGGUUAAAUUUUGAACUAGGUAAAAGUGACAAUGAAAAUGAAGAUAGUGAUCUGGUAGAGUUGGAGAAGAGCAAUGUACUAUUGAUGGGUCCCACUGGCUCAGGGAAGACAUUAUUGGCAAAAACUCUUGCACGAAUUGUUAAUGUACCGUUCGUCAUUGCUGAUGCAACAUCCUUAACACAGGCAGGUUAUGUUGGAGAAGAUGUGGAGUCAGUUUUGUAUAAGCUGCUCACGGAAGCUGAAUUCAAUGUGGAUGCUGCUCAACGCGGGAUUAUCUAUAUUGAUGAGGUUGAUAAGAUAACUAAGAAGGCUCAAAAUUCAAAUAUUGGCAGAGACGUAUCUGGGGAAGGUGUCCAACAGGCAUUGCUAAAAAUGCUUGAGGGAACUCAGAUUGUGAAUGUUCCUGUUCCUGAGAGAGGAGCUAGGAGACAUCACCGUGGUGAUAAUAUUCAGGUAGAUACAACAAACAUCCUUUUCAUUUGUGGUGGGGCAUUUGUUGAUUUAGAGAAAACCAUUUCAGAACGACGGCAGGAUGCUUCUAUUGGUUUUGGAGCACCAGUUCGUGCAAACAUGAGGACUAGUGGCACAAUGAGUGCUGCUGUGGCUUCCUCACUAUUGGAAUAUGUUGAAAGUGGUGAUCUCGUUUCUUAUGGGAUCAUUCCCGAAUUUGUUGGAAGGUUGCCCAUUUUAGUGAGCUUGUCAGCCCUAAAUGAGGACCAACUUGUUCAGAUCCUCAUGAAGCCUAAAAAUGCUCUUGGUAAGCAGUACAAGAAGAUGUUUGGCAUGAAUAAUGUCAAAUUACAUUUUACUGAAAGAGCACUGGGAUUGAUUGCAAAGAAAGCAAUGGCAAAGAACACUGGUGCCCGUGGCUUGAGAGCCAUAUUAGAAAAUAUACUAACAGAGGCCAUGUUUGAGAUUCCAGACAGUAAAACAGGAACUCAAGGCAAUAUUGCAGUUUUGGUUGAUGAAGAGGCUGUUGGGUCAGUUGAUGCUUCAGGAUGUGGAGCAAAAAUUCUUCACGGGGACGGCGAAUUGGAGCAAGUUCUAUACAAAGAGAAGUUGAGAGAGUGUUCGGAAAACAACGAGGUAGAUACCGGGUCGGAGGUUCAAUCAAGAGCCCGGAGCUUGUAACUGGUUUAACUAGUUAGCAGCUUUAAAUUAUAUUUACAAAAGCCUAGAAUCCUGCAAGUGAUUUGAGGAUUAUCCUGUAAUAUCUUGUUUUUCUAUAUAUGGUUCUAAAUAAUAAGAUGAGAAGGAAAUUAUAGAAGAGGAAA